UUCUAUCUACACAUCAUUCAAGGACGGGUAAGGCGCUUUUACGUGAUCGUUGGCCCUGCCUGCGGGUGAGACUCCGCCAUUUUCACAAUGAAUGCCUCCGUGCCGCUGAUCCUAGUAGUGAUGCUGGCGGCUCGAGUGGCCCACUCAGCCAGGAUCCUGGGCAUCGUCCCGACGGCCUCCAUCAGCCACCAGCUGCCUUUCAGACUGAUAGCUCUCGAGCUCGCCAAGAGAGGCCAUCAGGUCACAGUCAUGACAACGGACCCGAUAAGAAAAAACAUCCAGAAUUUUACAGAAAUUGAUGUAUCGAUGACAUACGACUAUUGGAGAAAAACAUUUGACUUUACUUCGAUGUCAGACCGAAGUCCAGUUGAAUUAAUAGAAACAUGGUCUCCUUCAGGAAAGGCGGCGUGUGAGAUCCAGUUAGAAUCCCCACAGAUGAAGGAUUUUCUCCGGUCCCAACCGUCUUUCGACGCAGUUAUUCUGGAGCAGUUAGUAUAUUAUUGCUAUUAUGGCUUGAUUCACCAGUUGGGAUCCCCACCAACAAUUGGCUUCGUGUCUCUGCGCGCUCCUGCUCCAGUACUCGCUUCUUAUGGAAAUCCCAACAACCCAGCAUACUGUCCCGAUAUGCUGGUUGGCUACACAGACCACAUGUCUUUCUGGGAAAGACUAUAUAAUGCCUAUGUUAUGGCUCGAAUAUUUUACAUAUGGAACUACGUAACAAGGCCAUCGCAAAAUGAACUGAUUAGGAAAUAUUUUGGCCCUGAUCACCCCCCUGUGGAAGAAACCGACAGAAACUUCAGCCUUCUUAUUGUCAACAACCACUUCAGCGUGAAUUACCCACGGCCACUGUUGCCUAAUGUCAUUGAGGUGACGGGACUACAUCUAGAGGAACAGCGGAAGCCACUUCCUGGGGAUAUCCAGGAUUUCCUUGAUGGUGCAAAAAACGGUGUGAUUUACUUCAGCUUUGGUACUAAUGUGAAGGGUAGUACAAUGCCCGAGCACAAACGAAUUGCAUACUUGGAAGCUUUUGCGCAGUUACCACAGCGAGUACUUUGGAAGUGGGAGGUGGACAGCCUGCCUGGACAGCCGGAGAACGUCAUGAUAGCCAAGUGGCUGCCCCAGCAGGACGUCUUGGCACAUCCAAACAUUCGUCUGUUCAUUACCCAGGGAGGACUUCAGAGCAUGAAUGAAGCAAGUUAUUUUGCAGUACCCCUGAUAGGAAUUCCCUUUAUUGCGGACCAGCAACAGAAUGUGGCUAAGAUGGUACAAUCUGGUAUUGGCUACCAGCUGCUGUUCAGAGAUGUCACUACCGAUACCAUUCUGAAAGCCAUUCACACAGUUCUUGAAAACGACAGCUAUCGAGAAAACAUGAAGCGUUUCUCAGCAGUAUUACGUGAGCACCAGGAGAGGUCCCUGGACAAUGCCGUCUGGUGGAUCGAGUACGUGAUACGUCAAAACGGUGCUCCGCACAUGCGCAGUGCAGCCCUCGACCUGAGCUGGUGGCAGCUGCUGCUGCUCGACGUGAUUGGGUUCGUUGUUGCAAUGGCGUCCAUCGUGGUCUACGUGCUGUUCAAGGCAGCCACCUAUUGCAAAAGACUUUUGGCUGUUAAUCUGAAGCAGAAGACUGCGUGAAGCUACUUUUGUAGGUGUCUACAGUCGUUCUAUAGAUUUAACAUGUGAAGAGAGAGGUCAGAAAGAAGUUUCUGUGAUAGUUUAUGAACUUAACCUUUAGACACCUUGUUCGUACAUGAUACUCCAAUAAAAAAUAAUAAUCCCUGCUGUGCAGGUGACUGGAAGAUAAUUAUUUUUAUUCAUUAAAGGACGAUAUUAUG